AUGUCUUCUCACAAGACUUUCAGGAUCAAGCGAUUCCCGGCCAAGAAACAAAAGCAGAAUCGUCCCAUUCUCCAGUGGAUUCAAAUGAAAACUGGUAGUAAAAUCAGGUACGACUCCAAGAGAAGACACUGGAGAAGAACCAAGCUGGGUCUAUAA